AUGGAGACCGACAUGAUCCACAAGCUUUACCUCCGGAGUCAGAAGUACAAGAAGCUCAUGGAGGAGUACCUCACCGACGAGGUGAUCCCCACCUCGAAGACCUGCCUGGACACGACGAUCUUCUGCCACCGGCAGGAGCGCAAUGUCCAUGGCAAGCUCUUCGGUGGCUACCUCAUGCGCCAUGCCUUCGAGCUGGCCUUCUGCACGGCGCUCACCUACACCGGCGGCGCGAUGCCGAUCUUCCUCGGCCAGGAUGAGAUCCAGUUCAAGAAGCCGGUGGAGAUCGGCUCGCUGCUGAGCUUCAAGAGCCGCAUCGAGCUGGCCGAGGGCAGCACCGGCGACAACCCGAAUGCCAGCCAGUUCCAGGUGGAGGUCAUGGCCGAUGUCAUUGAUCCGGCCACCGGCGAUCGGGACACCACCAAUGUCUUCCACUAUACCUUCCAGGUGCCGAACAAGCCCCUGCGCACGGUUGUGCCCCAGACCUACGAGGAGUUCAUGGCCUAUGUGAUGGCUCAGCGCCGCCGGUCCAACUCAGCCGCCGUCUUCAAGCACUACCAGGGGAAGAUUUCCACCUGGACCAUCCCGGUGCCCGAUCGCCUGCAUUGGCACGACAUCGGCAAGAUCCUCGAGGACCUGGAUGGCUUUGCCGGGUCCGUGGCAUACACCCACUGCCAGCGCCACCUCCUGACCUCGACGCCGGCAUCGGCCGACUCGGAGGCCGCUCCUUCCGAGACCAACCUCAGCGCCACGAUCGUCACUGCCGCCGUCAACCAGAUCAUGCUCCUGAAUCAGAUCCGCGCCGAGCGCGACAUGCGCAUGACGGGGCACGUUUCUUGGGUCGGGCGCUCUUCCCUGGACGUGCGCAUCAUGGUGGAGUCCCUGGUGGCGGACCCCAGCGCUCCGGCCCCGGCGGCCGGCUCCAAACCCACGCCCAACACCGACCCGAACGCCAACUGGGAGCCUUUGGUCAUGGCGGACUUCACCAUGGUUGCCCUGGACCCGAACACCCGCAAGGCCACUGUUGUCCCGCGCCUGGAGCUGAAGAAUGCCCUUGAGAAUGACAUCUUCUCUCACGGCCAGG